CAAGAGACUUCUGUAUACCAAUCUUUUGUGACCAGAGUUUUGAAAUGCUGCAUGUACUUUCUUAUGUCUUGUGUGUUCCUUCAUAUCAUUUUUGUUCUCUAUGGAGCACCACUAAUAGAGUUGGUGUUGGAAACAUUUUUAUUUGCAGUUAUUUUGUCUACUUUUACUACAGUACCUUGCUUAUGUUUGUUAGGACCAAACCUCAAAGCAUGGCUAAGAGUUUUCAGUAGAAACGGAGUUACAUCCAUUUGGGAGAAUAGUCUUCAGAUCACUACAAUUUCUAGCUUUAUAGGAGCAUGGCUUGGAGCAUUUCCUAUUCCACUGGAUUGGGAAAGACCAUGGCAGGUGUGGCCCAUCUCCUGUACACUUGGAGCGACCUUUGGCUACGUGGCUGGCCUCGUGAGCUCACCACUCUGGAUAUACUGGAAUAGAAAGCAACUUACAUACAAGAACAAUUAAGAGGAGAAAGGGGAGGAGAUAUUUCUUUGUGCAGAUUCCAUAAGGGCUGUGCAGAAAUGUGUCUGGUCAAAGCCAAGCAGUUCCAUUUACAGCACUGUUGUUUUUUCAAUGUCGUUUCAACAUGAUGUGAUUGUAGCUUUUUAACUAUGAAACCCCUGAGAGAUUGUACCUUCUAGUUGAAAUAAAGUAUUUAGAGUA